AUGCCGGCCAUUCACCAGCGCAUCGAAUCGGAGAUCAUCGCGCAGGAGCGCACUCUUUGGACCGCGAUCACUUCGGCCGACCCAAAACCCGAACUUGAACGGCUGUCGAGUCCGAACGCCGUCUUUCUCUUUCCCAAGAAGGACAUCGUUACCGUGGAUGAGCUGGGCGAGACCUUCACCAACAAAUUCCACAGAUUCGACGAUUACGACCUGCAGGACGUGCGGGUGAUUGUGAUAGAUCUGAUGGCGGGUAUAGCUACCUAUCGAAUCCGCGCGACGCAGAACGGCAAGGAGUACGUGGCAACGGGGACCUCGACCUGGGGCCAGGGAUCGGACGCUGAAUGGCGGUUGAUGGCGCACCAGGAGACGCUGCAAUGA